AUGAAGUACCAAGACUUCGAUGCGGAGGAGACAUUGGCCAAAUUAACCAUUACUGAGAAGACUUCGCUGGUCUCAGGUACUGACUUUUGGCAUUUGGCUGGGAUCCCACGACUGGGCAUACCCGCCAUCCGAACCUCAGAUGGGCCUAAUGGUGUCAGAGGGACCAAGUUCUUCAAUGGUGUUGCUGCAGCUUGUUUGCCUUGCGGCACUGCACUCGGAGCGACAUGGGACAAAGAUCUUGUGCAGAGGGGUGGCGAGCUCAUUGGCAAAGAAUGUAUAGCCAAAGGAGCGUCAAUAUCGCUAGGCCCGACUGUGAACAUGCAGCGAUCGCCGCUUGGCGGCAGAGGAUUCGAAUCCUACUCAGAGGACCCAGUGCUCGCUGGUCACUGCGCAGCGGCGGCCGUCAGAGGCAUACAGUCAACGGGUGUUGCAGCUACCUUGAAGCACUUUGUCUGCAACGAUCUGGAAGACAAGCGAAUGUCCAGCAACAGCAUAGUCACAGAGCGGGCGCUGCGGGAAGUGUAUCUUCUGCCGUUCCAGAUUGCACAACGAGACGCCAAGCCGUGGGCAUACAUGACUGCAUACAACUUACUUAAUGGUCUACACUGUAGCGAGAACCCGAAGCUCCUCCAGGACAUCUUACGCAAGGAGUGGGGCUUCGAUGGAAUGGUCAUGUCUGACUGGUUUGGAACAUACUCCACUACAGAAGCCUUGAAGGCUGGUCUGGAUUUGGAAAUGCCCGGACCACCAAACCUUAGAGGACAACAAAUCAGUUUGGCAAUGAGCUGUGGCAAAGUGUUGAGGCACCAUCUCGAUGCACGAGUUAGAGAAGUUCUGAAGCUGAUCAAGAAGCUGCUGCCUCUGCAGGUUGAGGAGAAUGCUGAGGAGACGACCAUCGAUUCGCCAGAGACUGCUGCCCUUCUGCGAUCAAUAGCGGCUCAGAGUUUGAUCCUACUAAAGAAUGAAGACUCAGUUCUACCAUACAAAAAGGACAAGACGACAGCUGUGAUUGGACCGAACGCAGAUUUCGCUGCAUUUUCCGGAGGAGGAUCUGCAGCUCUUCUUCCCUAUUACGCUGUGACGCCCCUUGACGGUGUCAAGAGCAAGACGCAGAAUAUCCAGCACGAACUUGGCGCACCUGGCUGGAAGCGUCUGCCACUACUCUCGCGUGUGGCAAAGACAAACACUGGCAAGUCGGGCUUGAUCAUGAAAUUCUACCUGGAACCACCAAUCAAGUCCAAUCGCACUGCGAUCGACGAGCUGCACAUCCGCGACACAAGUAUCUUCCUGUUCGACUACAAGAACCCACAGCUCAGAACACAUCUCUUCUACGCCGACGUCGACUGCACCUUCACACCUGACGAGACGGCAGAGUACGAGUUCAGCUGCUCAGUCGCAGGUACCGCAAAGAUCUUUGUCGACGGCAAGCUAGUUGUCGACAACAUGACCAAGCAACGUCCUGGCGAUUCGUUCUUCGGCAUUGGUACCGAGGAAGAGAUUGGCAGUAUCCAGCUCGAAGCUGGCAAAGACUACGCCGUCCACGUCGAAUUCGGCUCGCUGCCCACUCUCACCUACAAGAAAGAGGGUGUGACAGCCUUCGGCGCCGGCGGAGUUCGACUAGGUUGCCACCGCAAAGUCGACACGAAAGUCGAGAUCGAGCGUGCCGUAGCACUAGCGAAGAAAGUUGAUCAAGUCGUCCUCUGCGCCGGUCUCAACAGCGACUGGGAAUCGGAAGGCUACGAUCGCGACCACAUGGACCUCCCACCUGGCUCGGACGAACUCAUCGAAGCGGUCAUCGCCGCGAAUCCGAACACCACUGUCGUCGUGCAGUCGGGCACGCCCGUUACAAUGCCCUGGGCAAGCAAAGCCAAAGCCAUCGUGCAAGCUUGGUACGGCGGUAACGAGACUGGAAACGCUAUCGCUGAUGUCGUAUUUGGCGAUGUCAAUCCUUCUGGAAAGUUGAGUCUGUCGUUUCCGAAGCGGAAUGAAGACAAUCCUGCUUUCCUCAACUACAAGAGCGAUGACAACAGAGUCAUCUACGGCGAGGAUGUAUACAUAGGCUACCGCUUCUACGAGAAGACCGGACGAGAAGUUCUCUUCCCCUUCGGCCACGGGUUGAGCUACACCACCUUCGACACUAAGAACCUCGCCAUCAACGCCACAGACGAUUCGGACGAGAUCACAGUGACCGUCGACGUCUCGAAUACUGGCAAAAUUCCGGGAUCUGAGGUCGUGCAGGUCUACAUUGCUCCACAAUCUCCUAGCAUCAACAGGCCGAAAAAGGAGUUGAAGGGUUUCGGGAAAGUGUUUGUGGAAGCGGGCAAGACGGAGAAGGUGGAAGUGAAGCUUUUGAGGAAGUAUGCGACGAGUUUCUAUCACGAGGGGAAGGAUGCUUGGUUGAGUGAGAAGGGGAAGUAUACAGUGCUCGUGGGCAAUUCGAGUGCGAACACGUCGUUAAGUGGGGAGCUUGAGGUGGUGAAGGAGUUGGUCUGGAAAGGAUUGUAG